GCCGCGACUCCUCCCGCCGCCGCUGCAGCCGCAGUGACAGGCAAGCCGGGCGGGUGACGGGAAGUGCGGGCCGCGGGCGCGGGCGGGAGGUGACAGCAGCCACGCGGGGAAGAUGGCUGAGGACUUCGGCUUCUUCUCAUCGUCGGAGAGCGGGGCCCCCGAGGCCGCCGAGGAGGACCCGGCGGCCGCCUUCCUGGCCCAGCAGGAAAGCGAGAUUGCUGGCAUCGAAAAUGACCCGGGUUUCGGGGCACCUGCCGCCAGCCAGGUGGCCUCUGCGCAGCCCGGACUCGUGAGCGGGGCUGGUUCAGAGGACAUGGGUACUACAGUCAAUGGAGAUGUGUUUCAGGAGGCUAACGGGCCUGCCGAUGGCUACGCGGCAAUUGCCCAGGCGGACAGGUUGACUCAGGAGCCCGAGAGCAUCCGGAAGUGGAGAGAGGAGCAGAAGAAAAGGCUGCAGGAGCUAGACGCUGCCUCGAAGGUGACCGAACAGGAGUGGCGGGAGAAGGCCAAGAAAGACCUGGAGGAGUGGAACCAGCGCCAAAGUGAACAGGUUGAGAAGAACAAGAUCAACAACAGGAUCGCUGACAAAGCGUUCUACCAGCAGCCAGAUGCUGAUACCAUUGGCUAUGUGGCAUCGGAAGAGGCUUUUGUGAAAGAAUCCAAGGAGGAGACCCCGGGCACAGAGUGGGAGAAGGUAGCCCAGCUGUGUGACUUCAAUCCCAAGAGCAGCAAGCAGUGUAAAGACGUGUCCCGCCUGCGCUCGGUGCUCAUGUCCCUGAAGCAGACACCGCUGUCCCGCUAGGUGCCCAUCAUGAGAGCGGCCGCGAAGCACAUGGGCCUUGCUGGGGCAGAGGAACAGCUGCUUCGGCCAGAGUGGAACUUCCUCUGGCAGCUGCCACACACAGCCUGUUCUGUUCCUCUGAAUCUCUGGGAGCUGGGAAGUGGGACCCUUACCCCUUUCACCCCCCCAACUUCUUCCUGGACCCCUGUCCCAGCCCCUCAUGACUCCUGUCAGCCCACUCAAUUGUGACUGUCCCUCCUGAUGUAUUUUUCUUGGCUUAAAGGGUGUGUUAACUCUUUUUACACUUA